GCUUAGAUAAUAAUUACACGUUUUUGAAAGGGAUAGGAAAAAUUUUAUUGAAAAUCAUUCAUUUAAGUACCUCGUAAUUUAAUUAUAACAUGUUUAUCGAUAAAAUGAUUAUCCUGUGGCUGUGUGGAAUAAUUUUCUUACGAUUUUCGGUUGCAAACUUAAUAAUUGAGAUCCCAGAUGGUAAAAUUCAAGGUACGACAAUAGAAACAACUAAUGGAAAGGUAUUUUACGCAUGGAGAGGUAUUCCUUAUGCUCAACCUCCACUUGGAGAACUAAGAUUUUUGUCUCCAAGACCUCCAAAUUCAUGGACAGAUGUGCUAGACGCUUCAAAAGAUAGCCCUGCCUGUCUGUUCCAAGUUACCUACAAUGGAGAUCCUAUCCCCAUCAAUGGAAACAGCGAGGACUGUCUUUAUAUUAAUGUUUACUCCCCUAUUGAUAGUAGCAGUCAAAAUAAUAGUUCUAAACUUCCUGUCAUGGUCUACAUCUAUGGAGGAGGGUUUGUUUCUGGAAGUAGUGAUUUUAACUUCCUUGACCCAACACCCUUUUUAGAGGAAGACGUUAUCAUAGUGACAUUUAACUACAGACUCAGUGCUUUUGGUUUUCUGUCGACUGGUGACGAAAUUAUAUCCGGCAACACCGCUCUUAAAGAUCAGCUUUUAGCAUUGAAAUGGACCAAUAACAACAUAGAAUACUUCGGAGGUGAUCCAGACAGCAUCACUGUGUUUGGGGAAAGCGCUGGUGCCAUGUCUGCAGGGUAUCAUAUGGUCAGUCCAAAAUCCAAAGGGCUAUUUAAAGGAGUUAUAAUGCAAAGUGGGAAUGCCCUAACUAACUUCUUUACUAAGGAUGAUGUUAGGACAAUGGCUGUUGGUUUAGCCAAUGGUAUCAAUUCUUCUAUAACUGAGUCAAACAGUUCGGAGGAAAUUAAAUAUGUGCUUCAAAAUGCUUCUGCUGAUUUGAUUCUAAAUGUUACUAUAACUCUUGGAUAUAGUUUCAAAACAGUGCUGGAAGUUGAAUCUGAUGAAGCUUUUCUUACUAACCCUAUGUACGAAUCUAUUGAGCAAGGAAAUUUCACCAAAGUUCCUAUAAUCAUAGGUCACAAUUCUGAAGAAACUUGUGCAUUUGCCACCGAUCUUACAACGGCUCAACUGAUCGCAGAUAGUUUCCAAGAUAAUUCACAGUUACUAAUGCCCAAUAUGCCUUUAACAGAUGGUGCUGAUCCUGUUAAAAUAGGACAAGAAAUAAUUGAAGAAUAUGUAGGAAAGAAUGGAUCAUUUAAGACGGAUUUAGCAGCUUUCUUCAAUUGGUGGAGUGACGAAGUAUUUGUAAGAAGCGUAUACAAACAUGCCAUCCUUCAAUCAUAUUUUACACCGGUAUACAUGUAUCAGUUUUCCUACUAUGGUACAAAAAGCAAACCACAUCCUAAUAUACCAGGAGCUGGCAAGGUUGGACACGCUGAUGACGUGGCUUAUCUGUUUAACAUUUCAUCGUUUCCUAUUGAAACAGAUAGUGAUUUCCUAGCCAGGAGGAGAUUAGUAAAAUUAUGGACUAAUUUUGCCAAGACACAAAACCCAACUCCUGAUGAUGAAACUUCUGAAAUCCUCGAAAAUGUAAAAUGGGAAGUAACGACACCGGACAACGUUAGAUAUUUGGAUAUUGGUGAUGAUUUGGUCAUGAAACCUAGUAGAAAGGUUAAGGAAACUGUCUUUUGGGAUUAUAUUUGGAGUACUUACUCUUACAGACCUUAUAACACGUUAUAAAAUGUUAAUAAAUAGCUGAUUAUGAUAAU